ACCAAAACAUAAACAGCUCCUCUUGACUUCAGUGAAGACAGCAAAGGGCAGCCUCAGGUUGUGCCACCCCAGGCCUGUGAUGUGUACAGUUUCUUCAGUGACAUAAAUGAUCUCUACAACUAAAAUUUCCAUGGAAAAUAGCUGCUUUAAAAUAAACAGAUUUAACUUCCUUAAUUCAUGCAAACUCAAAAGUUCUCAGUUGACCACUGAAAAAUGCAAAAGGCCAAGGAAAGGUGGAGAUAUCUCUGCUGGUUAAAAAUUCAGCCCUAAUUACUUCUCCCUGAAAUGAGGGUGGCUGUGGCACAUAGAGGAACUCUGCAGAACAACGAGUGGAAGUUCUGUUCAGUGACACCUGCCUUCAUGUGAUCCCUGAGGCAGUGUUUAUUAGGAAUAUAAUUUUCUUUAACAGCUUUUCUCCCCAUCAUCCCCAGUGGCUGAUCCUCUUCCAGCAAGGAAAUCCUGGUGGUUUCAGAACAGCAGCAGCAGAACUGGAGGAGAGAGGUUUGGAAUAAGAUGGACUUGGAGCUGGCUCAUCCUUCCUGGGUUCUGUAUCUGGGUUUUGUCAAUAUUCACUUUCUGCAUCUAUUUCAUGGUAACACCACUGACUUAUUGGUUAAAUCAUAAGUCAAAAGAACUCAAUUUUACCUGAGAUUUGAGAUUUUCAGUUUAUCUUCCAUUUUCUGUCUCCAUCAAAUAGAAGCUACUUGUCCAAAACUGUCCCCCCUCCCCUAAAUGAAUUUGCAGCUAGGUCAUUUUUCUAUGUCAUAAAUUGUUUAUAAUUUUAUUUUCUAGCCAGUUUAGGAUAAAACUCUGGGGUUUGUCAUCUUGAGUGAUUGAAUAUGAGUAUCCACUAGGAACCACACCCAUAAUUAAGUGAAAUGAGAGCAACACAAAGUUACUGGGUUUUUGUAAUGGUGAAUAACUCCAAAUAACUCAGAGCUUCCCACGAGCAGAGUUCUGGAGAGGACUAAAACGUGUCUGCUCAUAUUAGAGUAGAACAUGCUCAGUUUUUUGGAGAAUCCUUAGCUCUCAAUGCUGAGAACUUACCAUAGUGCAGUGUAGCAAAACCAAGGCUCUGUUCUAAUUAAGAUUUACUUGGAUUUUUCAGUUUUUCCCAUUCCCUGGCUGAAAUUUCCUGUGUCUUGUAACCAUUUAACAAUAUGUUACUAACCAUCCAUUAUGUCCUGCUUUAUUCUCUUUUAGAUGAAAGAGCCAUGUAAAAAAAAGAAUUCUCCAGCCCCUGUGACUGAAUUUGAGCGAUAAUGUCAAUGGAAUUAACACAUUGCCAGUGUUGAAUGGGCUCCUGUGGCUGUAUAAACAUCAAGAUCUGUUGGCACUGUCUCACCUGAUGCAAGACAGGACUGACUGAUGAGGAUGUGGCACAGAAGCAGUUUGGGACUCCCUGGGUCACAAAAUCAGAGAAGAUGGCUGCACUGCAGAAGGCAGAGCUGGCCAUUCAGCCCCAGCCAUUGCUGCAGAUCCUUCCUCUCUUUGUCCCUUCGGACAUCAAAGGCUCGCAAGGGGACAACCCUGGCGGGAAGCUCCUCCCUGCUCAUUAGCCCCCAUAAAACAGGAACUCACCUUGGCUAGCUGCGCUUGGAGUCCCAUCCUCACCCCGCUCACUCUUGACACUGGAUCUCGGAAGGAAGGGCUUGUGCUUGCCUCAGGAAAUCGGACCUGCUUUGGAACUGGACUAUUUUGGCUCCCCUUGGAAGAACUCUGGUGGCUCUCUUGGCCCUGCGAGCUCCUCGACGUCACAGUACAUGGAAAAAUGCAAGCUUUACCAGACGUGAAAGCGCCGUGUGAGGCCCUUCCCUCCCCCAGCCUGGAGCCCUUCCCACAGAGCUCCAUCGUGGUCACCCUUGAGGACAUGGGGCUCUGGAUGAAGUUUCACCAGAUAGGAACUGAGAUGAUCAUCACCAAAUCUGGCAGACGAAUGUUUCCUCAAUGCAAAAUCAAAGUCUCUGGCUUAAUCCCAUAUGCCAAGUACCUCAUGCUGGUAGAUUUUGUGCCAAUGGAUAACUUCAGGUACAAGUGGAAUAAAGAUCAGUGGGAAGUUGCUGGAAAAGCAGAGCCCCAGCUGCCUUGUCGCACCUAUGUCCACCCAGAUUCCCCAGCUCCUGGCAGCCACUGGAUGAAGGAACCUGUCUCCUUCCAAAAACUGAAGCUCACUAACAACACUCUGGAUCAACAUGGGCAUAUCAUCCUGCACUCCAUGCACCGUUACAAGCCGCGCUUCCACAUCGUGCAGGCCGACGACCUCUUCAGUGUCCGCUGGAGCAUCUUCCAGGUGUUCAGCUUCCCUGAGACUGUCUUCACCUCUGUCACUGCCUACCAGAACGAGCAGAUUACAAAGCUCAAGAUUGACAACAAUCCAUUUGCUAAAGGUUUCCGUGAACAUGGGAAGAACACUCGAAGGGAAGGACGAGCCAAAUGCCAGAAGCCCAGUCCAGCCAAGAGCCAGAAGAGGAAGCUGCCUGAGGAAAAGGAGCCUGCUGCUGAGGAACGUGAUUUUGAGAAGGAUGAGAAUGUGGACGUGAAGGAAGAGAGUAACCCGGUGGUGGUGAGCAGUGGCUAUCCCUUCUGGGCCUCGGAGCAGAACAGCAGCCAGGCCUUCCCUGCAGCCUCACCAGUGCCUGCUGAGCAGAGGGAGCCUCUGGCCAGGGAGCAGCAGGUGCCAACACCAUCCUACCACACAUAUCGGUUCCACGAAGCUGGGGACAGCCAGCAGCUUCCCAGCCGUGACACCGCCACCCUGAACGAUUUCCGCGCACGGUGCCACGCCUUGGAUCUCGCCAUGGUGCCCGAGCAUGACUCCAAACAGCUCCCAGAGAGCUUCACCAACCUGCCCCCACUGCCCCCACCUCUGCCUCCUCCCCAGGACUACACAGGAGUGGUGAACAUGGCUCUGGACUCUGUGGGGAAAGCCGGGCCCCGGGCGCCCGUGUACGGUCCCUAUGGCACCGAGCAGGGCCUGGGGCAGUGGGUGGUGCCUUCCCACAGCCAGUACAGGGCAGUGAGCUACUCGGCCUUCUCCACGGAGUACAACACACAGGGAACUCCAGGACAUGCCCACGGCACCAUGGCAGAGUGGAGCCAGUACCCUCUGUUCCCCUAUGCCUGCUGGUAAAUGGGGAGGACCCUUCCCAGUGAAAAGACUGGAAGAAAAUUGUAAAUGAGAUUGAAUUUACUGUUGGACUUGUGAAGCUUUGCCUACACUAGGCAGAGGUAUUGCUGCAAGCAGUAGAGUGGGACACCUUCACUUCCUUGUGUCCUUGCACAACAACCCUCACCAUAUUUCACAAGCAGUGGUUGAACUGGUGGCUGCCCCAGCCAUGUCACUGUGGAUCAGGCUCAAUGUGUUGUGCAGUGGUUUUUUCCCAGCAGGAGCAGGAAACCACAGGUCUGCAAGAACAGUAUUUAAAUAGCUGCUGAACUCACAGUCAGUGUUGGCACCUUGCAUUUGGCAGCUUCCAACAUCCCUUCCUCCUGGGACUUGGUGCAAGGAGAUAGGGGCUGAGGACUUCCAGUAAGCCAUCCACGUGGCCAGAAAGAUGUAGAAAAUAUUGCAAAGCAGAGCAGAGCAAGCAAUCCUGGUGAACUCUGAGCAGCUUCCUCAGCAGUCAGUGUAGUCAAAGUAAAGCUAGAGUCUUGCCUUUCUUCCAGCAGCAGGUGAGAGUAAAAUGCACAGCAAGGUGUGUCUGGAGCCCAGCAGGGGCAGAGUUUGCAGAGUCUGCAGGCAAGGGAGAGUUUGUUCCAUGUAGGAGACGUAGC